GUGAACAAAACGGAACAAAACAAAUAAAGAAGAUAAUAUCUAUUAUUCCCUACAUCUUUAAACUUAAUUUAUUUUUGUACUAAUAACUACAUAGACAUUUAAACACAAUGACUACAGAAACUGUGCAAAACGUGACAAAAACAUUUAAGUUUUCAUUUCCAACAUGCACUAAUGAAGAAAUACUCUUCAAAUUGGAAGUGCCGGUGGAGAUUCCUUAUGAAGGGUCAUCUCGGGAGCUAGUUCAGAGAGUCAUAAAGAUGUUCCAUAUACCAGUAUACUUGGAAGACGAAUUAAAUGAAAAGCUAGCCAACUUCAUAGCAGAAGAAACAAAAAACUUUCACAAUGAAAGAGAUGAAAAACUCCUCAACCAAUUAAAAAAUGGGGAACUCAAUAUAGAAGGUAUUAUAAAGGGCUGGGAGAAAUCUUUUAAAGAGAAUGUAUUAGAAUUUGCUGAACAGAAAGGUUCGUCAGAUGAAGAAGUCUUUGCUGCAGCUUAUCAUAAGUUGGUACAUUCACCGGCGUUGGAAACAAUAUUACAAGUUGAGAGUUCUUACGCUAAAACUGUUAUGAAUAUGAUUCAGAAUAGAGAUGAUGAUGUUAAGAAACUUACUGAGAGACAAACAGAAGAAAUGGAGCAAAAAAUACGCCUCCUCAACGUCUCAAGCACAGAGGAGGAAAUCAAUGCGCUUGCGGCUAAACAUUUCGAGGAACAAAGUGUAGCGUCAGGUCGAUGGGAGUCGCAGUUAGACGCGUUACGGCACGCGCAGCGAGCGGCGCAUCGAGCGUGGUUAAUGGCCGCUAUUGAUGAUUAUCAGUUGAACGAGAAUGCUACUCCGAGCAACUCCCCGCUAUGUUCCUUCCCGCCAGAACUACCGGGGCCUUUACAACCAGCACCUCCUCGUCUAGAAGAAAGCUUCACCAUACACUUGGGCUCGCAGCUCAAACAGACGCAUAAUAUACGAUUGGUUGCUGUAGAUAUUAUGGAUCUGUGCUCUGUUAAUAGAGGAGAUAGUGGUACAUGGAAUCGAGUACAGCCAGCUCUAGCGUUAUAUUCAAACGACUUGAGUGCAGUGGUAUUGCUCGCAGACCACAAACCAACCAGAUCUCCUUUAGUAAAAUUGGCUAGAGAGGCCACAGAACACCAUUUUGAUGAUGUGGAAAUACAGUUGAGAGAUAUUAGUGAAAAAGUUUUGGAACCGGCAGAAAAACGCAACACAGAGCGCAUAAACAACAACGACGCGCGUACCAACAAGUGCAAGCACUCGCUGCAGCCCGGCGACGUGUACCUCACGCGGCACAGCAACCUCGCUGAAGCACACCUCGUUUAUCACCUAGUGGUUGAUGAUGAGCAGAUGCGAGCAGGAGACAUAACAUCCCGGCACCCGGCGAUCCUCGCUCUCCGCAACAUAUUGAAGUCGGCGUGUUGCAAUGACGUCACGAGUAUCACUAUACCGCUGUUACUGAGACACGAUCUUACUGAGGAAAUGACGAUGUCGUGGUGCAUGCGCCGUGCAGAAUUAGUGCUCAAAUGCGUCAAAGGCUUCGUUCUAGAGUCUAGUGGAGGUGGUGGGGCAGAAUUGCGAACAUUAACUGCCGCUUUACCGCCUUCUACUGGACCGGCUUUAUUCGCGUCGUUGGCUGAUUUGUUAGCCGCUACGUUUAGAUUGGCGGGGCCUGUGAGACAGGUUAAGUGAGGAAUAGACUAUGAAAAGUGUACAGGGGACUGAUUAAGUGUGAUUUGAAGUACUAGUGGUGUGACAGGGAAAUGAUUUGUUGUUCUGGCUAGUUGAGUGGCAGGGGACUGACUCAGUGUACUUCUACGGCAAGUAGCAGGGGAAUGUAAAUACAUAGUUGUAAAAGUGGCAAAGAACUGAUUUAAAGUAAUAUGAAUCAAUAUUGUAACUGCUUAUAUUUAAUUUGUAAUUAAAAUAGUAAUUACUAAUUAAUGCACUGUUAGUUAUUCCUCGAUAUACUCUAAUAAUUGUUAUAAAUUAUAAUAUAGAUAUUGUAAAAAUAGAUCUUGUGUUUGUUAAUUUUAAGGAAUCGUUAUGAUAAAUAAUUACAUUAGAAUUAUUGUUUCUGUAUAGAAUCUGUAAAUAAAUAAAGUAAUAAUUUAAUAACUAUUUUAUUAAAUUAUUAUUUUAUUAAACAUUCCUAUUAAAGUUAAAUGUAUUAAAUAAACAGUUUGAUUUACUCUCUAGGACAUACAGACAAGAUUAAUAAUAACUAUAUGUUUGGCUUCGAUAUCGAUUGUAGAUCACGCCCCAAGUAUUAAAAAAAAUAUUCAAUGUACAGUUUUGACUUUCCUACGAUUUUAUUAUAUAUGUAAUAUUUAGCCUUGGAUGAACCAUAUUCUUGUUAUAGUUAAUGUAAUGUCAAAUUUAACAGUAUGUAACGGUAAUUUUUACAGUGAUAGCGAAAUGGGUUGUACCAGCGUAUUUUUAGCAUAGAAGUUAUCAGAGUCUCAAACCUAAUUUCAUCUCAUCUUGUAUUUGACGCCUCUGACAAUUAUUUGACGUUAACAACAGCUUUAACGGGUGAAACACGAGCGGUUAUAGUUUAGUGUUGAAAUUUAAACGUCCUCUAUAAAACUGUCAAAUGUCAUAAACUCAUAUUUUCCCUAACUGUUAAUUUAACAUGUUUGUUAUUGCUAAAUCAACAUGGUGCAACCCAGCCUUAAUAAUAAUCAUUCUUUCAAUUUCCUUCGUUUAUAAUCUUAUUUUUCGUAAUUAACUCUGUACUCUAUACUGUACUGUGUACGUACUAAACAUUUGAUGUAUAUUUUGUAUUAAUAUCUGUAUGUAUCUCGAACAAUAAAUAUGCAAUUAAUUUU